AUGUGGCCACAAGUGGCCAAAUGGAUUUAUGGCACGCACAAUAUCUGGGCUACGAGUGCGUCGAAGGCCACGUCAGGCAGGAAGUCCCAUGUCUGGGCAGCGGUGCUUGAGUCCUUUACUUUCAUCAAGCAAGAGCAGCCCCACGAAAAGUGUCUCUUCGUACCUUGCCCAUCACUUGAUCCUCCUUCGCUUCAAGCCCUACGAGCCGAGCUUCAUUUUACAUUCAAGCUUACUAGCCGACUGCGUCCACUAAGCAAUGUCCGUGUUGAGAAGCUACCCCCGAACACCACCGCCAAGAUCCAGCCGCUGGAUCAGGGGAUCAUCAAUAGCAUUCAACGCUUCAUCUUAUCGCAAAAAUGA